GCUGCUUGCAUCAGUCUAUCUCGGUGCUGGAGCUGAGCUGUGUGCAGUAGCUGUUGUUGCUGGCAAGAAGCAUUCAUUUUGUCCAACAGACUUCGGGAAUAUAGCAAUACAAACAGCACCAAGCUUAUUGGUUGCCUGGUAACCACGGGCUUUACUGACAUCACAGUGAUUAGAAUCCCACUGCAGCAGCUUUAGUUAUUCCACUGGCGGUAAAUUUGCUGCCUCGUGCGGUGGUCGAGGUCGUUUCCGAAAUGGCGACUGCAUCAGACGUCAGGGCCAGCGAAAGCGACUUUUUCGAGAAUACAUCUGACUAGUGAACUGCGGGGCUCUCCAUCUAUUCCGUGGCCAUUGCUGUUAGAGUCUAGUGCGGAUGGUUGCAGUGAGGGCGGCCCAUGUCUUUAGUGCCUUGCCUCCUGUACAUCUGCGCUAACGUGGUGUUCAUGGUGCUGGUGUGGCUCUACAACCGUCGGCCCCAGCGCCCGACGACCACGCGGCACGGCCCUACCCCCGGUCACCUGGCCAACGGCUUCAGCACCUCCGUCAGCAGCAGCAGUAGCCGCUGGUCGUCUAGCCGACAAAGCAGCUUUAUGUCCAUCCUUGGCCUGGGCGACUACCAGAACUUCUGCGCUUUUGAGGACCACUUCUCCUCCUUUGGGGAAGUGGCCGAGGCUUGCAAGAGGGCAGGACUGAGCCGCUGCCAGCUGAUCCUGGGGGUCGACUUCAGCGCCAGCAACGAGUGGCAGGGCCGCAAGACCUUCAGCGGCAACUGCCUGCACCGCGUGAUCCCUGGCAAGAUUUUGAAUCCCUACCAGAAGGUCAUCUCCAUCAUUGGUCGCACCUUGGAAUCGUUUGACAACGACAACUUCAUCCCAGCCUUCGGCUUUGGUGACAAGACCACAGGCGGUGAUGCGGCUUUUUCUUUCACGACGCAUCCCAGCGGUUGCCAUGGUUUCGCCGAGGUGCUGGCACGCUACGAGCGGCUGGUGCCGCGCCUGACGCUAGGGGGCCCUACUAGCUUCGCCCCAGUCAUCCGACAAGCCAUCGAGAUCGUCAAGGCCCGCGCCUGCUACCACAUUCUCAUCAUCAUCGCCGACGGCCAGGUCAACGAGUACGGGCCCACGGUGGACGCCAUCAUCGAGGCCUCCUUCUAUCCGCUUAGCAUUGUCGUCGUCGGCGUGGGUGAUGGACCCUGGGACGCAAUGGAAAAGUUCGACGACCGCAUUCCCGAGCGGCAGUUCGACAACUUCCAGUUCGUGAACUACCAUAAGGUGACAGCAAAGCGGCGCAACCCGGACGCUUGCUUGGCCUUGCACGUGAUGAUGGAAAUACCAGACCAGUACAAGACCAUCCGGGCACUUGGUUACCUGGACAAUGAGGCAGAGCCGGAACAAGACAUUAGAAAACUGUCGACAAAAGCGACUUUAAAAGUUCCAUAGGAAUAGUACGACAGAAAACAAUUUUUUACAAGCUUUAUUUUUUACUCGUACAGGCUUUUAUCUUAAUACCUACCCUUCCCCUUACCCAACCAUCUCCCAAAACGUUUUAAUUUAUUUUGCAAGACUUCCGCAAUCAGCAUUCCCGUGUGUUCUGUGUUUACAAAGGAGUGUUUUGUUGGGGUUUUUUAAAUUUGUUUUGUGUGGUGAUAGGAGGAGGUGUUCAAGUUUACAUGUCUUUGCGAGUUAUCAUUAUCAUCCAUCCCAGAACUGGAGUCCCGCGGGGUUAACGAUCGCGCUUCCUGCAAAAUCGUUGGCCUGUGUGUUCCAUGUAGCACAUUCCCAGGAGUUUUCUCACAUGCCUGGAAUCGUCUUUCCGUUUCAGCAGAGACACUUCUCGCUCCCCUACUGCAGGAUAGGGAGUAUGAGGGACUUUACAGUCUGUGCUUGGUACAGUCUUUACACCUGAUGCUGCUGCUGCGCCAAAUCCUGUUCAGCCUGGUCCAUUGCUGCCCUCGCUAUUGAGUGUAUACUGCUCUGAACCAAGCUAGAAUAAUUAUAUUUGCGUAGAAGCCGGAUGUCAUUUGGGAAGUUCCUUGUUCAAAUGACAUAAGGUGUGACGUCAAAAUAAGGUGACGACAAAAAGAUGACGACAAACGGAGGACGUAAAAGAAAUUGGAAGAGGGCAGACGACAGCGUGUCAGAGAAGGAGCACGGACGUUGUUGAGCACGGUUGCUAUCGUCAGUCCGAAAUCCCACCAUUCGGCUACAUUUCACAUAAUGAAAAAAAAAAAAAAAGAAAGGCGAUGGCUGUUUCCUUCAAAGCAGUUGUAUAUAAAAAUCGAGGCUGGUAAGAAUGUGGUCGAGAUAAUGACUCCCCCUGGGCACUUGAGGAGUCUCCAUUGAUUUAACUCAUUUACAUCGCAGUAUACGAGAAAAUUGAAGAAACGGGGUGUAGUCUACAGAAAAGAUGGAGCCAAGCCUGACGAGAUGGGGGGUCAGUACCUCGGCCCAGGGCUGUGGAGCGGGUCCCGGCAUUGGCAGAAAUUUUUUUUCCCUUAUAAACAAAUGUCUGGAGUGGGGGGGGGAAUACCAAAUCAUUACACACGGAGAAAUAAAAUUUUACGUUUGUACUAUAUUAUUCGCAGGCCUAGUGUAGUAGCGAGGUGGUUAGAGGGGCUGGGAAGAGAGAUUGAGGUCACUAGUCGGGGUUAUCAUGUUUGUGACACGCUGGAUGUGCUUGGUGUCGGAAGGUCGCUGGACAUCGAUGAUAAACGAUUACAAUUAAUGAUUAAUGCAAGGAGCCGUGCUGGUUUUCGGCGGCCAUGGAAAAGGCUACCGUGGUGGCCUUGCAGAUUGGGAAUGACUAUCAGCUUUGGCUUUUACCGACAGACCGGCCAUCUUGUCAAACCGUUACACCUGUAGUAAUGAUCCUUCAUCUGGAACAGCCAGAACCUCGUUGCUUCUGUUAUUCGAUCCACCAACGUACAAAACCAGAGUGAGGAACCAGGUGCAGGAAAUGGUGAUGUGAACAAAAAAAAGUUUUUAAGCUGUUGACCCUUUGAACAAUUUUUAACUGUAAACAUAAAAUUUGUUCUAAUUUGGACAAUUCUCCAUCAUUAGCUCUGCAUUUUCGUUAGUUUCUUUCCGCAUUCUUCUUUAGCAGUAAGUUAUAGAUCAACUGCAGCUUUGAGGUACACAACAAUAACGAAUAACCACCAUUUCAUGAUCUGUGAGAAAUGUUCUGUCUAGAGAUAGUCUUCCUGCUAAAUACCCGUUAUUGAUUUGCUGCUGUACAGAGACUAACUUGGUUGCUGGACGUUAACAUGUCCUGUCUGUGAUGAAUGACCAACUUAUCCACCCUGCCCCAAAAUUUUCAUGCAGUAAACUGCAAAUUUUUUUUUUAAUUUCAUCUAUGCAGAUGUAAUGACAGUGGUCAUUUGUAACCUACUGAACAAGUCAGAUUACUGGAAGAAAAAAGUUUGUAAUACCGUUUGUAAUCUUCAAAAGAUACUACACAUGCUUUAAGAAAGGUUGAUAUACUUAUCUUGAAAUCACCUGUGAAAAGUUACACAUUCUUUGAUCUUCAGUAUGUCCAGCCUGUACUUUUUAAAUGGUCUGCAUACAUAAAAUGUCUUACAAUAACUCCUGUGAAUACUUAUACAAAACAGUGCUACAGUUGCCAAAUUUCUGUUUAGCAAUUAUUUUCAAAUAUUUGUUACUGAUUUGGUCAGUGCCACAAAGCUUUGUGAGGUAUAUUACUAUUGAUAUCUACUGUGAUGAUGCAAAGCUGCUGCUGCAUCUGUCCUCAGCUUCACAUCCAUAAUAAUUUAUCAUUUUGUGCAUAACCUUCAAACAUUUUUCUGUGACAAUAUUACAUGAGCAUUAGUUAUUGUUGAAUACUUUGUAUCAGGAAUUUUGUAUACAUGUAUUGCUUUGCAACAGUUGGGAAAAACCUACCAACACUGAUUACACUAAAUGAGCUGCAUUUCAUAAUCUGUAAUAGCUUUUUCUGUAGACAGCUAUGCAUUUGCAUUUUGAUGCAACAGUAUGGAUUGUCAGCACUUCACGCCUUACUUUUGUUUUUGAGUUAGCUGUGAAGGGCAGAACUCAAUACCCUUUGGGUAGUUGUCACUAUUUAAAGUGCUGUAUAAUGAAGACUGUAAGUACUCCAUCCAUGCAUAAUUUAUAAUUGAAAUUAUUGGUGAUAACUUAGUACGAUUUAUGUACUUCAAAAAUGGUUGCCAUUUUUAUGAGUUCUUAAAUGAAUCAAACAGCAGAUGCUGAAUAUAAACCUGCUGACAAUAUACUGUAAGCAAGAAACAUUUAUGAGAAUCCAUUUAUCCUGAGAAUGGGAGGACACCACGUGAUUGUACUCCAGCAAUUAUCACCUGAGGCUGGGAUGACAGCAGUAAGUUUAAUUACUUAUACUAGCA